UUGGAUUUCAUUUGUGUUGAGAAUUUUAAUGUCUGGUUCUGUAGUGUAAUCGUGCACGGCAUUUCGUUGUCCUGCAGUGUUCUUAUUUUACAUAUUUAAUAUUUUGUGCAGGAGAUCUUCCAAAUUUAAGUCAAAUUUCCUUUGGAAUUGUGCAAUAAUAUGUACAGAUGUAAUUAAAAUAGUUCGCCAGGCGGUAUUUCAAUUGGUUAUAUGUAUUUUAAUAUUACGAGGACCGCGUGUACUCAAUCAUUUGUGGCAGCAGUAUUUUGAGAUAAAAGAAGAGAAUCGGGAAAUCAAGCUAGUACUUUUGCAGUGUAAUCGAAAAAACGUGUUCAGACAUGAAUGAUUCGCAGCAGGCCUCAUGCUCACGAAAGCCAGCUUCCACAAAUUUAAGCGAAUACAACAUCGCCUCGAAUCCACCAAUGCUCAAUCCUGAAGAGGCAGAGGAAGAUCGCAAGCAUAUGCAGAAGAUCAUAGCAGCUUUGCGCUAUUAUCAAAAAUACUGCUAUGCGCGCGUAAAUAAGACUGAAAGCUACCUCAACAGUCUUCCUAAACGUCAUCAGGACAUGUUGGCCAAGUAUCGCAAUCAUUUGCGUGUUAUAAGAGACUGUAUCGAUGAGAAUCAGAAGGUUAUCAGGAAAAUGUUGCGCGACAAUGUCGAUUUUAUUGAUAUGGACGGUUCCGAACAGAUUUACGUUGCUCAGCAUGACAUCGAUGGGCAUGCGACCAAAAUUAGGCGUCAAGAUAUGGAACAUGCAACAGAGCAAGCUGAUGUUGAACCUUUUAAAAUUUUAAAGGCCCAAUCGACAUUAAAGUUAAUUGCGCGCGAUUGGAGUGCAUCCUGCGCCGAGGAGCGUGAACAAUCGUACAAACCGAUCAUCGAUGCUAUCGAGGAGUUUUUUAAGCCUAGCGAAUUUGCACUUAAUGAAGUGAAAAUUCUUGUACCUGGUGCUGGGCUUGGACGUCUAACCUAUGAACUAGCCUACCGUGGCUAUGAAUGUGAAGGCAAUGAAGUUUCCUAUUUUAUGCUAAUAGCCUCAUAUUUUGUCUUAAAUCUCUGCACUGAGGAAAAUAAGUACACGCUAUAUCCCUGGGUGCAUCAGUUCGUAAAUAAUUUACGUAUGGCAGAUCAAGUGAUGCCCAUUCGGUUUCCUGACAUUUGCCCAGCGAAAAAUCCACCUAAGGGCAACUUAAUGAUGGCAGCAGGCGACUUUUUGGAGGUCUACAAAACGCCUAACAGCUAUGAUUGUGUCGCCACUUGCUUCUUUAUCGACUGCGCUAAUAAUAUUGUGGACUUUAUUGAAACUAUUUUUAGAAUAUUGAAACCAGGCGGCAUUUGGGUGAAUUUGGGCCCACUACUUUAUCAUUUUAGCGAUAUACAGGGCGAGAAUAGCAUCGAACCUACUUUUGAAAAUUUGGAGGUAAUCAUCAAAAUGGUUGGCUUUGAAUUUCUUCGUAGCCAAACAGGCGUACGCACUAAAUAUGCACAAAACCCACAAUCCAUGCUUAAAAGUGAAUACGAAAGCUUAUUUUGGAUUUGCCGCAAGCCAGAAAAUGCAGUUGACCGCAUUGACGAUUCAUCGCAUUGCGAUGAUGAAUAUGAUGAGCUCAUUGAUGGCGGCGUUGGCAGUAGCAGCAACAGUAGUCGCUAUGAAGAUAACUACAGCAAUGGCUACAGAAACGCAUACCAACAUCAAUAGUAUUGACGGCAGUUCAAGCAGCUGCUAGGCGUCAGCGGUGACAGUCAAGGGACGACAAAAGGCGCAAGGUAUUAUCACAGAAUAAACAGUAUACACAAGACGCAGCACAUACAAAUUUAUUUUUCUUCGGCGGGCGUAAUAUUACAAUCCGGACCAGAGCAGAGAAGUUAACAUCACGACCACUAUGAAUAACAUGGCGACCCGUAACAGAGCAGAGAAGUUAACAUCACAUCCACUGUGAAUAACAUGAAGUUAACAUCUCGCCACAAACACACAUCGUGAUCAGCGUUGCCGGAAGCUUGAAAAAAAAUGUAUUAUUUGUUUAUUCUGUGGUAUUAUCUUGCCUAACACUUAGUUAUUAGUCAUUUUGCAAUCCUAGUUUUUUGUUUUUUGACACAAACAACAAAUUUUUCCACAAGCGUAAGCAUACGCAAAUCAGAAUGACUAUGUGUUUAUAAAAACACAACUCGCUUGAUGACAACAAAGUUGUACGUAUAAUACGGGGCCUGUUCGAGCCACGUAAUAAAAGGGGCAAUACUGCAGCACUGAUGAAAAUUUGCAAUACUGUUGCAACUUCCCAACUGAUAAAACGUUGCUAGAAAAUUCACACCGAUCGUGAUACUUUAAUAAUUCUCGCAACAUUGCGUUUGUGAUUGCCUCUCGAACAAGCCCAUGCUCUCUUUUAUGAUCAAGUAGUAUAAAUAUUGAAUAUUAGGCAUAUGAAAUUGAAUUCUUUAACAUGGAAUAUGUUUUUAAGUUUAAUUAAAGCAUUAUGCAAAAGCAUAAAACACGAUACUAUAGUAGAGUAUGUUUGUAAUUUUAAGCAAAGUAUUACCGGAACCAGAACUAUGAUUUCAAAAUCUACAAAGUUGCAAAAAUAGUUGGUAGAACACACUUCACGAAAUGAAUGAAAUAAAAAUUUUACCUGUAUUGAAAUUA